AUGAGAGAUCCAACUUUUAAAAUUGGGAUGAAGUUUGCCAACAGUCAUGAGUUUAAAGAAGCUUGUAAGGCGUAUGGCAUUAAGCAUAGAUAUAAAAUUCAUUUUCCUACCAAUGAUAAAAAAAGAGUUCAAGCUUGUUGUUUUAAGAAAUGUGGUUGGAAGAUAUGGGCUAGUAGGCUGAAUCCAAGGGACCCUAGUGAUGUUACAAUGCAAAUUAAAACUAGUCACUUUGAACAUAGUUGUGGAGUAGAUUUCUCCAAUUUCCAUGUAACUGUAAAAUGGUUAGCUUCUCAUUACCUUGAAACAUUUAGGCAUAAUCCCAUUUGGAGUUUAAAUGGCAUAAUUGCUAGGGUAAAGGCAAAUUUCAGCUUCAUAAUUAACCCUGUUAAAGCAUGGAGAGCAAGGGAGUUUUCUUUAAAGACAAUUAAUGGUGAUAAGGCAAAGCAGUAUAGUAGGUUACAUGAUUAUAAAUUGGAGCUUUUGAGAACUAACCUUGGAAGAAUAGCUACAUUUAAAGAAGAAAAGGGCAAAUUUGAAGGCAUUUAUAUUUGUUUGACUGCUCUUAAAGAGGCUUUUAAGGAUGGUUGCAGACCUCUUAUUUGUGUUGAUGGAUGCUGGUUAAAAGGGAAUUAUAGUGGCCAAUUGCUAACAGCAGUUGGGAUUGAUCCCAAUGACUGCAUUUUCCCUAUAGCAUUUGUAGUGGUACUCACUGAGAACAAAGACAAUUGGUAG